CACAAACAAAGUAUUUCGUUAAACUUUAAACCCUAAAGUAUCUAUUCCUGUCUCCUCCUUGUUGCUCCAGCCCUCCCAGUCCUCUGGGUGUUCCAUUGCAGCCUCCACAGUAAUCUCUGUUGAUAUCCCUACCUAAUGGGAAAGCUGGGUAAGAAAGCCAGGAAGUUUGCGAAAAAGAAUUUGCAGUCAGUUUUGAGGAACAAAAGAAAGUUAAAUUCCAAGUUCAAAAGGAAAGCUUCAAAAAGAGAUAGUCAUGAUAUUGAAGAAAACUUAGAGAAUGAUACAAUUAAUCCAUCAAAUGAAAGAAACAUAGUUGAAGGAUUUCAAGACACUUCUCUUGAUGCUAUAUUCAGUGAAGAUGACAGUGAAGUUCUUGGAGAUGAUUCUGAUAGUGAUGGAUUUCUUUCAGAGGACUCAAGCUUUGUACAUGAUGCUGGAAGCGACAGUGAGAGUGAACAUUAUAUUGAGAACAGCAAUGCUUCUAGUUCCUUAUCAGUGCAAAACAGGGAUCUUUGUGCUGAACUUCUAAAGAAAGCAAAAAAAUUGAACAAAUUGAGAGAGAAGGACCCGGGGUUUUCAAAAUUUCUAGAAAGUUAUGAUAUGAAGAUUGAAGAAACCCAAGACGAGGAAAUUGGUUCGGAUGAUGGAAAAAGUUUAGAUCUGGUGCAGCCACUUGAUAGCAAUAAUGCAUGUUCUCACGUGGGUAAACAUUUGACAAGUGCAUCUGUUUAUUCAUUGUGUAAACUAGUCAAAGAACAGAGUAGUGUUCCUGCCCUUACUUGUCUCAUAAAUGCUUAUAGGGCAGCAUGCCACAAUGAUUCUGAAGCAACCAGUGUCAGUGGUUGUGUCUUUUCUGAUGGCAUUCAGAAGAGUGAAACUUUCUGCAAGAUAAUAGUGUUCAUGCUACAAGAGGCUGAUGCUACAUUUAGGAGGUUAUUGGGAAUAUCAAACUCUAGUUCUAGGAAGGAAGCUGUUUUGGACCUAAAGAAUACAGCAAAGUGGUUGUCUCUUAGGCCGCUUAUUAAGUCAUACUUAAGAAGUACUGUGUUUCUCCUGAACCAGGUCACAGACUCUGAAUUAUUGGCCUUCUCAAUUUGUCGGCUGAGAACUUCAAUCAUUUUUCUGUGUGCAUUUCCAUCUUUACUGCACAAUCUUCUUAAGAUUUCUAUUCAUCUGUGGGCAACGGGUGAUGGGUCUCUAUCAUCACACUCCUUUCUCAUUAUACAAGAUAUAGCUUCUAUAUCUAGCUCUGAGUGGUUCGACUUCUGCUUUGUCAAAACAUACAAGGCCUUCAUUAGUAACUCUCAAUCCGUUGAGCGGAAGUUUGAACAUAUACGUUUUCUGAGGAAUUCCUUUGUGGAGCUAUGUUGUUUAGAUAUGCAAAAGUCAUCAAACAAAGCAAUGGCAUGUAUAUUGCAUCUGGGUAACAUAUUGCAGAAAGGGUGGCAAACCAAGAAGAAAGAGGUGGUUAAAACAAUUUGCAGUUGGCAGUACAUCAAUUGCAUUGAUAUGUGGGUUACGUUAAUAUCAGCUAGCAUACAUGACUAUGAUCUUCAGCCAUUGCUUUAUAUGAUUGUACAGAUUAUAAAUGGAGUUGCUCUCCUGUUUCCCGGGCCUAGAUAUUUACCACUGAGACUCAGAUGUAUCCAAUGGCUUAAUAAUCUUUCUGGUUCUAGUGGGGUUUUCAUCCCUGUUACAUCAUUGGUGCUGGAUGUUUUAGAAUACAAAAUUUCCAAGGAUAGUGGGAAACCUGGCAAAGUAUUGCAACCUAUGUCUACUGUAAAGCUUCCAAAGCAUUGGUUAAAAUCACGUGGCUUCCAAGAAGAGUGUGUAUUAUCGGCCAUUGAACUCCUUUCAGAGCACUUUGCACAAUGGAGCUAUCAUAUAUCUUUUCCCGAGCUAGCGACAGCACCACUUAUGCACAUAAAGAAGGUCUUUGAGAAAAUUUCUACCGAGAAUUUCCGACGGGUUAUCAAGCGUUUCAUUGACCAAGUGGAAAUGAAUAUUGACUUUGUGCAAAAGAAAAGAGAAGAUGUGUCUUUUUCACCAAAAGAUCAUCAGUCCGUUGAAUCAUUUCUUCAGGUUGAAAAACGAAAUGGUAACACUCCAUUUACACAAUACUAUAAAAACGUCAUGAGCAAGGCUGCUUCUAGGAAUUCAAUUUCAGAUAGAAAGGCUCCAGGCAAGGGGAAGAGGGAAAUGCUACAUCCAAAUGGCAGCACUGCCAUGGUGUCUACUUACUCUUGAAAGAAUCUUUCUUUGGUGAUCCGAUUCUACAUGAGGUAGAUAGUUAGAGCUAUCUAAUGUAAACGUUCAUUACAAAUACAAUUUCAGUCAUUGGACCCAACGAGUUUUGUUUUUUAAAUUUUGGUUCUAGAUUUUGUUGUAUUGAGUUGAGGGUUCAAAGAAUGUAAUACAAAAAAUUAGCUUAAAAUUUUUCAUCUUUUCAGAGAGGACGUAGUUCUAUGUUACUGGCAA